AUGGCUGCGGGACUAAGGGCGAUCGCUGGGGAACGGCUUGGAGAUCCAGACAACCCAGGCACUUGGCUCGCCGGCAACUUGCGAUUGGUCCGCCAUCUUCCUCCCGACUUGCCUAUAUUGUCCGCCUUCGACCUGUCAACUCUCCAGGUCGCCGCAUCAGUGGAUGGAUUGAGCCAUCCCACCGUCGACGCAUCGAUUGCCAAAAUUGCGUUGACAGUUGACAGCCUCGAAGAAGGGCUGUCUACCGAGAGCGAAAUGCUGCAGAUGAAUCCAUGCGAGGAUUUUCUGGGUUCAGGGUCUCACCUCACAUCUGCCGCACACGCCGAGAUGAGUGGCCAGAGUAUGGUCUUCGUCUUGCCCGAUUUCAUGUUUGGCAUCUCUCGGCCAGAAACAGCCAAGACGUUGCAAUCGCUCUCUCGCACCGCCUCGCAAUCUCUCCUAUUCGGUGUUGCGUAUAUCGUCAAUUUCUCGUUGUGGCAGAGAUAUUUCUGCUCGCAAUCUGCCCUGUGGAAAGACUUUGAGCGGUGUUCCAGUCGCACCAAUGACUACCCUAGGUGUCGGCUGGCCCCGAAACGUGAAACCAGUGCCGAAUGUCACACCCGCGCCCCUGGCGUCGCAGCACCGGCACGACGGGUCCCCGGCCCAAAUCGUAAGGCGCCCCAGCAGCCUGCAUCGAUUUCCUAUUACGGCCUCAGAGACUUGGGUCAAUACGCCAAUGACUCAAUAUUGCGAAUUGAGGGCGAUGAGAUUAUUGCCAAGCCGGAUGCUCUAGUGGAGGCCAGACGAGCGCGAGCAGGCUUUGAGAACCAAGGCAGUUUGGAGGUCCGCACGGCCUGGCUUGUGGCGUGGCUCGUUCUCAAAAACACGCAUAUGAUCGGCCGAGACCUCAUGGCAGAUCUGGAGAGCACGGCCUGUGUCCCACAAUCGAUCUGCCUCUUCCGGAUCAGAUUUACUGCCUCCGUGUCUCGGUCACUUUUCGGCCCUUGCUGCCACGCGAAUCUGUACCGUCCUCGACGUGCGCUGCAAGGCAAGCAUUCAUAUACAGCGGACUCACCACAUCCCCACCAGUGCUGGAGUAGUGCAUACCAUUGGAUUCGCAAACUAAUCCAAUAUCAAAAUGCGAAGUCACAUCUCGGUGUCGCCGUGAACCAUACGACGUUGGCUCCGAUCCAUGCCAGGCCAGAGAAUGCUCAUCACGGUGCGAGUGUCAUCGAUCUCUCCCUGACUGCGCUGGUCAAAAUCGAGGAAGUCGUUGAUCUCAUGGACGAGAAUAUCAACGACGUGGUUCCUCAGCUUGAGCAUGGACAUAUGGCUGGCGAACAUCCAGAGAUGAAUCAGAAUCAACUCUUUGGAUUCGGGCUCCUGCAGGGUGUCGGCCAGCGCUGCUCGGCACUAAGGGGACUUCCCGAUAAGAAAAUAACCAUGAACAAGCAUGGCCGACUCUUCGCCAAGGGCGCUGUCCAAGAUCUUGAUGGCACGAGUGACCGGAGUAUCGAGCACAUCAACCAGAGCCUUGGUGUCCAAACAAUUUGUCUUGAGUUUCGCGACGUUCGAGCCCAAAAUGAGCUGACCAAAAGGAAUACGACUUGA